AUGGCGGGUUGCGUCCCUGACUUUUGUCUCACUGGUCAGACUUCGGCAUUUCAGGCCGAGCUUUUCGCUCAGUUUAUCGCGGCUUUGAUUGGGGUAGGUUGCGAUUGUGAGUGCGUUCAUGUCCUGUACGACGCUCGCUCGGCUUCUGGGAUCGCAGUAGGGGACUGUCAAGAUGUGUCACAGCUGGCCAUUGUUGAGCCUUUGAUUUCGGCAUGGACGCUUGUGCGCAGCCAGGGCAAAUGUGUUCUUCAGGAGCAUGUUAAAUCACACUCAGGUUGUCCUGGGAAUGAACUUGCUGAUAGCCUUGCGAGCUUUGCUGCUGAAACACGUUGUGGACUGCAUGCCCCGCCAGACUCACUCAUACAUGAUAUGCUUGCCGAGAAGGUGCUUGAUUGGAUGUGGAUGUUUGCUGAAGGGGAUGCUAACUGGCAGCUUCCAAAAGUUGGCGUUGACGGCGAUGCACUUGGCGAACCCAUCUGCGCUGGACGAUAUGCUCCAAAACAAAGUCCUCUUGAAAUGCGCAAUUUUGGCGAACCAAUUGCAACGACGCAGAGCCAGCAUGCAUUGGUGCUUGACCUUCGGGUGAUUUCAUACAACACCUUAUCCCUCGCCAGCAAGGGUCAAAAUGCGGCGUUGUCUAGUGAGAUGCGUAGACUUAAGGCCCAUGUGAUUGGCUUGCAGGAGUGUAGGGAGACAGUUGACAGCAUCAGAUUCCAAGAUGACAUUUGCAAAAUUGCUGGCCCGGUUGUUGAAGGAAGGCUUGGCUGUCAGGCUUGGAUAGACUGCAGUAGACCCAUUGCUUGGCAUGCUGAUGGGGCGGCCAUUUGUUGGGACAGGUCGGCUUUUCGUGUGUUGCACGCGGAUGAGCGGAUACUGGUUGUUGGGGCACAGGCGCUUGGACAGCGCUUUGCCGUCGUUGUUGCGCACGCUUGCACUAGUGUUGCCCCCAGGGCUGAGCGCGAUGCCUUCUGGGACAGGCUGUCGGUUGUUGUUGGUGCAGUUCCCAGGGGGUACAUCCCAUUGUGGUGCAUAGAUGCAAACGCUCGUUUUGAGCUUGGGACGCAAGAACCAGCACAUCAUUGCAGCAACGCUGAACGAUUCUCCGAUAUCCUCGCUCGGUUUGAUCUUGGGUUCUCAGGAAAUGUUCACCGAAGCGGUCAACCCAUCGUGUCUUGGAUUCAUCCUGGGAAUGGCUGUCAGACAUCAUGCUUGGAUUACCUCGCCUUUCCUUCGGUUUGGGGGCCUGGCACGCGCGUUGUUGAAGAGCUUGAUCUGCUUGACGUACAUGCUGGACAUAAUCACUUCCCUGUAGCGGUUGACAUUUGUGCAGUUCUUACGUUUGGGAAGGGAGCCAGGUCAGCUGUCAUUGAUGUUGAACUGUUGUCUGCGCCCGAAGGACGCGACAAAGCUGAGCAAAUCAUCACAAAUGCUCCCCAGAUACCAUGGCACGUUGACGUCAACCAGCAUCUUGAAUGCCUGAACGAGUACUUGUUUAAUUCCUUUGCUAGGGCUUUUCCUAGGAGCAGAAGGCCGCGCAAUCCUGUUUUGUCUGAUGCUUCUUGGGCCCUCAUCUCUGAGAAGAGACAAGCGCGGCGGCUCAUCAUCAGAAUCAAGAGCCUACACAGUAGGAGCGUCCUCGACUGGGUCUUUCAGGCGUGGAAGAGGGGUAGGAUAACGCGUCGGAUGCAGCAUCGGCAUCGAAGUCGCCUUGUCCGGUUGUCUUUACAACAGGCGUGUGCUGUGAACACUCUCCGCGCCCUUGGAAUAUCCCUACGCCGUGCCGUCAAGGAAGACGAAGCUGUUUUUACAAGGAACAUGUUCGAGCAAGCUCGGCGUGAAGGCUCAGCGGCGUUGGCAGGGCUGCUGCGAGCGGUUCUGCGGACGGGGAGGCGCUACAAGGCGCAUAGGUUGUCGCCUUGCUUGAGAAUUGGCAAUCGGGUUGUCGAUGAUCCGCAGGAGGUGAGACACGAGCUUGGAAGACAUUUUGCGAGAGCUGAGCAUGCGCGUGAGGUUCCUUUCGGUGAGGUCCAAGUUGAUGACAAGCAUGAUGCAGCAAGCGGGCGAGGCAGCAUUGCUGUUGAGGGCAUGCCUGCUGUUGCUCAGACUGCCCUUGCUUUCGCCAGCAUGAAAAAGAGACGAGCGCCAGGCUUAUCUGGACUUCCUGCCGACGUGUUUCAGUGUUGCCCUGUUGCGUCGGCGCGUCUUCACGCGCCAGUAUUUCUGAAAAUGCUUUCGCGUGAUCAGGCGCCCGUCAUUUGGAGUGGAUCUCUCAUCGCCCCCGUACCCAAACCUGGAAAGCCGCUUUGCGAGCUGCAGGGGUUUCGCAGUGUUGCCCUUCAGGAGGCGCCUAUGAAGGCCUUUGCAAAAGCCAUACGCCAGGACGUUAUCAACGCUGUAGAGAAGGCCGCGCCUGACGGGCUCUCUGGAGGAAGAAGGGGCCAUCCCACUGCCACCACGUCUAUUGCUGUCCAGGCACACCUAGCCAAGUUGCAGAGAUGUCACCUGUCAGGAGGCAUUUUGUUUCUAGACGGCGUUAGCGCCUUCUACUCCGUCAACCGACAGCUGCUGUUCCCUGCGCAAGACAGCGGUGAGUUGCACUCAUGGGUUGACAGUUUGCAGGUAGAUGCUGGUUUAAAGGCACAAAUGCGGCACUGUUGCAUGGACCCACGCUUUUGGAACGGCUUGAAGUUGCUGAGUCGAUCAGGGCGUUGCUUGCUUCUACCUUUGCCAGGACGGUCCCCGUUGGCUGACGCGCUGUUUCAGGUUGCUAUGAUUUUUGCUGUUGACCACAUGAUCAAAUCCCUGGAAAACGCAGGACUGCGUGCUACCGUACGUGUUGAAGGGGUUGCAGAGGAUUUAUCUGCGCCUGUCCCAACUUGGCUCGACGAUGUUGCAGUUUUAGUUGAAAGUGCGGGCGCGCAUCAACUUGCGGAUGACGUCGCAAAAGCUGCUGCGAUCGCACAUGCAAGUAUGCAGCUCAUUGGAGUUGCCCUCAACUUCCUCCCUGGCAAAACCGAAGCCUUGCUGCAUUUUGCUGGGGUUGGAGCCAAGUCUGCGCGACAUCAGACGCUGAUAGAACAUGGAGCGGAGAUUGAGGUGCAGCUUGAGCGUGAAACUGUGCGCUUGCGAUGUGUUAAUCACUACGUUCAUGUUGGAACCGUUGCCAGCUUGAAGAGCAACCAUGCUGAUGACAUCUCUCGUAGAAGAAGGCUAACAGAGGCAGUUUUUCAGCCCUUGAGGCGCCGAUUGCUUUUCAGCCCUCACCUUAGCCGAGACGAAAAAACGAGGCUCAUACAGACCAUGAUACUCAACAAGUUCUGUCACGGAGCUGGCGUGUGGCGACUUGGGACGCGGUCUGCCUUUUCCGCGUACCGUUCUGCAUACAUGUCUUUUGUUCGACGCUCGGUUCGACCAGUCACCGGCUGUUCGAGCAAGUUCCUCUCCGAUGAACAGUGCUGCGCCUUAGUUAGAGUGCUUGCACCCGUCGAGGCGUUGCGAGCUCAAGUUGCGCUUGAUCAUGUGAAUGAGGUCACUAAGAGCAAGUGGUUGAGUGGUCUUCCCAAAGAAAAGGCCAAAAGAUGUGAAUGGUUUGCAGAACAGGCGGCUUGUCGUGUUGACCAUGACGAUUACAAGAACAUCUUGCGCAUGUAUUGCAAGAAAUGCGUUGCAGUUGGCCAAGCCAUCGCCCAGGAAGCAUACCUUAAGGCUGGGGUCAUCCAAAGCCUUGAUGAAGGGGAGCCACUUGUCAGGACUGUAGAGUGCGAUGUUUGUGGUGAAAACUUCAGUGGGCAUGCAGCUGUUGCUGCUCAUAAAGCCAAGUCGCACACAGUCUUUGCUCGGGCGACCAGGGCAGUGACGGGCGCCAAAUGUGAAGUUUGUUGCAAAGAGUUCUGGGUUCGGGCCAGGUUGCGGCAGCAUUUCAGUCACUCGCGAUCUUGCAUGCUUGCUCAUCUUGAGUCGGACCUCCCGCCUUAUGCACCCAGCACUGUCGAAGUUGAUGUUGGGCUCCCGGUUGCAAAGCUGCCUGGUCCACAACCGUGGUGGGCCACACUCCGGCCUGACAUUCCCCAGCAUGAGGCUCCAGUUGCUCCAGCUACCCGAAGCUUGUCCGAGAGACUGUGCGCUGUCAACUCCGUAGCUGAUGCUCAGGGCGUCCUUGCUUGGUGGCAGAGAUACAGUGAUACACUCAACGACUCAGAAAUCCAGGAUUGCUUCGAGAGCAUAAGUCUGAAGUGUCUCCAGGGACUCAGGCUUGCUACUCUGAAGGUCGUCGAGUUCUUGAUUUUGCCGGAGGCAGAUCUUGGAGCUUGGCGAGCCAUAUGCCCCGCGUCGCGAUGCUCUGCGCCAAUGAUGGGGCCUUUGCCGCGCUGA